CCUGUGCGGGUCACGUGUUGUUGUGUUGUGUGGGUAUGUUGCUAUGCGGGUUGUUUCCACAACUUCGGGUAUGUCUAGUGUCUAGUAGACAACGAGUUUGCUGGAGUAUCUAAAAGCACGCGAUGGGAUGUGGAUCGAGCAGCGCAUCAUCGACGGUCGUGCGAUCGCAAUCUCCGACACCAUCGCAGCGAGCUCAAGAGAUCGAAAUAACUCUUCGUCUUGACGGAGAGAACGUCGACGACGUGCAAACCGAGCGUGUGCGCCGACUGCUUUCCGAUCAACUGGGCGAACGAGACGACCGCUUCACUGUCAGUGGAGAUGUCCCCAACAUCAUGCACUGUAUCAUUCACCCGAGAGACAAUCUGGACACGGCGUUGCGUCACAUGGCUGAGCGUCAAGCAAUACUGAUGAUUGCUCGACAGAUUAAAAAUCGAGCUGCUGAUGGUCAACUGGCGCUAGACCGAGCGAUAAUAACCGAGGUUGCUCUACCUGGAGAACAACUAAAAAAUGAGGAAGGGCUGCGGAGCAGCCUGAUGCUGCGUGAAACUAUUAGAGAAGUAUGGCAACAGGCCGACACUGACAAAAAUGGAUCCCUGGACACGAAGGAAUUCAGAAAUAUUAUGCUGUCUGAGAAACUCGGUCUUGGUUUACAAGAAUCAGAGGUCGACCAAAUAUUACAGAAAGUCGACAGGAAUGGGGACAGUCGAGUUGUGUUCUCAGAAUUUCUACCCCUCUGUAAAGAGAUUCUAUCAGCCCUGUAUUCAGAAUUAAAAGUCGAAACAGCGAGUGACUGGUGUCAGUUGUGGUCUAUAAAGACAGGUCACUAUUAUUACAAUAAGAGAACUGGAAAAUAUCAAUUCAAUCAACCGGUUGGCUUCAAUCCUCUUCCAGAUCGAGAGAUCAUUCAAUCUGCUCCGUCUGAGCCAGCCAUUUCAGAAGUGGAACCGGCACUAGAAGAUCCAAACGAAACAACAAAGUCCUUGAAAGACGAUAAUCAACAACUGGCAGACUCUGGUGCACCAAAGAGCCCUACAGAACCUACGGCUGAGACUAGGGAAGCGAAUGAUCAAGACGGAAACAGAAAUAGAAGCCUAGAAGCAGCCGACUCAGGUGAACCAACUUGUAAUGCCGGAACUGAAAAUCCAAUGGCUUUCGUUCAGAGAUCAACUGACUCUGGUAUAGAUGAUGCUUCAAUGUAGUUUUCAUACUAAAAGUAAAGUUGAUAUGUUUGCAUUUGCAACCACACUAAUUUUAGUGCAUGGGUAGAACUGCACUGUGUUGCUUAGGUAUUUCUGAGAUAAUGAAUUGACUAAUAACUACAUGUAAUAAGAAUCUAAAGUUGUUUCCAAUAUGAAA